AUGUCCAUAGUCUUUACACUUGCUCCAUAUCACGUUCUCGGCUUCUCGCUGUUAUACGGAACAACCACUUUCCACUCCUAUAUCUCCUCCCCUAUUGCCUUCAAGGUGCUUCCAAGGAAGGAGUUUGGAGUACUCCAGAAGCAUAUUUUUCCCGGGUAUUUUCUGGCUCAAUCUGUUGGUCCCAUCCUGAUUGGCCUAACUGCGCCAUACACUUUGGCUACUGCUGGAAUCGCGAGUUUGGUUGUUAGUUCCCUUGGCGGAUUGGUCAACUACGCUUACUUGCUACCAAAGACCCAGGGAAUUAAGGAACAGAGACUGGCUCUUAACGAAGAUGAAGCAGCUGAGCCAAGUGCCGAAAUGAAGAAACUGACCAGUCAAUUUGGAAAGUUUCACGGAUUGAGUCUUUUGUUCAAUUUGGUGAGUUUCCUGGGGUUGACAGUGUACGGGUUCCAGCUCACGAAGGGUCUGCUGAAGACGAUUCCCAAAUGA